GGCGCUGAGGAACAAAGUCGUGCGCUCUCGGAAAGCGAGCAUCCCUGGCGAAGGGGCUUGAGGUGACCUUCCUUCUGGAUCUGAGCAUGUCCUGAUGCUUUGCUCUUCGAGGAUCGUAUCCGGUCAUCCCUCUCAUCCACGCUGGACCCGAUGUGUCGCGUCUUUUGUGACAGGCUAUAGAACUUACGCGCGCGCGAUCUUGUUGGUAUAUCUCGUGUCGAUUAGGUGCCGCUUUGUAUUCAAUCGGCUCUUCACCGGGGACCAGUGAUGAAGAAGUCGUCCUCGCCUCCCUCGCGGCGUACGCCUCCGCGCACGCGACCUGGCAGCAGUUCUGGAUCGGCGAUGAG